AUGGAGAACGAAAAGGAAAAUCUCUUUUUCGAGCCACAUAAAAGGGGACUGGUGAAAACACCUCUGAAAGAAUCCACCGCAGCAAAUAUAGUGUUGGCGGAGAUCCAACCUGACUUUGGCCCUUUAACCACACCCACCAAGCCCAAGGAGAUCUCCCAGGGAGAACCGUGGACACCAACAGCCAACCUAAAAAUGCUAAUCAGUGCCGUGAGCCCAGAGAUCCGCUACAGAGAUCAGAAAAGGGGUUUGUUUGACAACGGAAAUGGAUUACCUGAGGCCAGAGAUUGUUUACAUGAACACUUAUCUGGAGACGAAUAUGAGAAAUCCCAACCCAGUCGAAAAGAGAAAAGUUUAGGACUGUUGUGUCAUAAGUUCUUAGCUCGAUAUCCCAACUAUCCCAACCCUGCUGUGAAUAACGACAUCUGUCUUGAUGAAGUAGCCGAGGAACUUAAUGUUGAGCGCCGACGCAUUUACGAUAUCGUCAACGUUCUAGAGAGUCUGCACAUGGUGAGCCGGCUUGCCAAAAACAGAUACACUUGGCACGGCCGACACAACCUCAACCAAACCCUUGGGACUCUGAAGAGCGUCGGGGAAGAGAACAAGUACGCCGAGCAGAUUAUGAUGAUCAAAAAGAAAGAAUAUGAACAAGAGUUUGACUUUAGUAAGAGUUACCGUAUAGAGGAUCCGAUUAUCAAAUCAAACACUGGCCAAAACGGACACCCAGACAUGUGUUUUGUCGAACUUCCUGGAGUGGAAUUUCGGGCAGCCUCUGUAAACAGCCGCAAAGACAAGUCUUUAAGAGUGAUGAGCCAGAAAUUUGUGAUGCUAUUUUUGGUGUCAACGCCUCAGAUAGUGAGCCUGGAAGUUGCUGCCAAGAUUUUAAUUGGGGAGGACCAUGUGGAAGAUUUGGAUAAAAGCAAGUUUAAAACAAAAAUUAGGAGGUUGUAUGAUAUAGCUAAUGUUCUGAGUAGCCUGGAUCUUAUCAAGAAAGUUCACGUUACAGAGGAAAGAGGCCGAAAACCAGCUUUUAAAUGGACAGGCCCAGAAAUCAGUCCAAAUCCCAGUGGUCUUGGCCCAGUGCUUCCUUUUGCUCCCUCUGAUUUGGAAGGGAGGCGGUCUUCUAAAGAGAACUGUGCCAAAAACCUCUUUUCCGCACGUGGGAAACCAAACUUCACUCGACACCCAUCUCUCAUCAAACUGGUAAAGAGCAUAGAAAGUGAUCGGAGAAAGAUAAAUUCUGCUCCCACUAGCCCUAUCAAAACCAACAAAGCUGAGAGUUCUCAGAAUUCUGUGCCUUUCCCCAGUAAAAUGGCUCAGCUCGCAGCUAUUUGCAAAAUGCAGUUAGAAGAGCAAUCAAGUGAACCCAGAAAGAAAGUGAAAGUACAACUGGCAAGAUCUGGGCACUGCAAACCAAUGGCCCCUCUGGACCCUCCAGCAAAUGCUGAGCUAGAGAUGACAGCACCGUCCCUCAUCCAGCCCCUGGGGGUGGUCCCCCUCAUCCCCAGCCCAUUGCCAUCGGCAGUGCCCGUGAUCCUACCUCAGGCCCCUUCGGGCCCAUCAUAUGCCAUCUACCUGCAGCCUGCCCAGGCCCAAACGAUGACGCCGCCCCAAGGCCUGAGCCCCACGGUCUGCCCCACCCCCUCUCCUAACGCUACGAGAUCAAAAGGUUCCACGGAUACCACCACAGAGAAUGCAGCCAAUGAUGCACCAAAGUCCAGUGCCUCCGCCAGGCCUGGAAGCUUGCUGCCCGGGCUAGAGCGACAAGGUACAAAGAACCGAGACAGGGAGCCUGCUGGAGAAAGAGGCUCAAAGAGGGCAAGCAUGCUCGAGGACAAUGGUUCCAAAAAGAAAUUUAAAGAAGACCUAAAAGGACUUGAAAAUGUCUCCACAACCUUGUUCCCAUCAGGAUACCUAAUCCCUCUCACCCAAUGCUCAAGCCUGGGGGCAGAGUCCAUUUUGUCUAGUAAAGAAAGCUCAGGUACACUUUCCCCAAACCACAGGAUCUACAGCUCCCCGAUUGCAGGUGUUAUUCCAGUGACAUCAUCUGAACUCACUGCUGUUAAUUUUCCCUCUUUUCAUGUAACACCUUUGAAGCUAAUGGUCUCACCAACUUCCGUGGCAGCCGUCCCUGUCGGGAACAGCUCGGCUCUCACUUCGAGCCACCCCGUUCCCGUCCAGAACCCGAGCUCAGCCGUUGUAAACUUCACUCUGCAGCACUUGGGCCUCAUCUCCCCUGGUAUGCAGGUGUCCGCCAGCCCCGGGCCUGGAACCGUUCCUGUGUCUCCAAGAAUAGAGACUGUUAGUGUCACACCAGAAAAUGCAGGCACUCAGCAAGGAAGGGCCACCAAGUACGACGUAUCAGUCCUGGGCCAGAACCAAACAAAUGGACAAUCAGUUGCAGUGACAGGGGCACAACAGCCUGUUCCUGUGACACCCAAAGGGUCCCAAUUAGUGGCUGAAAGCUUCUUCCGUACCCCAGGUGGACCAACGAAGCCGAAAGGCUCCUCCUGCGUGGAUUUCGACGGUGCUAAUAACACCUCCAUAGGAACUCUCUUUGUUCCACAGCGAAAACUGGAAGUCUCAACGGAGGAUGUCCAUUAAUUGAGAGAUUCGGCCUCGUUUAAUCUUCUAGAGUUGUUUAACAGAGAUGAUAUCCUCAGACUGAUAUGGAGAACACGUUCUCUGAAAAUGCUGUAAAUACGUUGGGAGUUUACUUAAUUUCAAAACAGACACUUGUUUUCAUACUUAUAUAUAUCCAUACACACAUAAAAUAUAUAUUUGUAUUAAGCUAAGUUCAGCCAUCAGUCCUACAAAAUAAAAGAACUGAGGUAUAUUAACUUCUGGGGGAAAGAGUUCGUUGUUCCAGCUGUGCCUAUACUAUUAUGCCUAGUAACUGUGUUAAAGUUUACUUCCCUUUGAGUGAAUCUGUGACAGGCCUAACGCAGCGCUCUCUACAACUUUGCACAAAGAAAACGCUGUGAUGUACAAUGUUGUAUUUUUAAAUAGGGCUGUAGCUAUAUUUUUUGUAAUUUCUUUCAGCUGUUGUUGCAGUAUGUCUUUUUGUAAAGUUCGCAACAAUCCUUACUUAAUCAAGUCUA